UCCUCGAUCAGGAAGGAGGCAUGUUAUUUCGCUAAGGACUUACGUGUGGGCAUGGUGUGGGUCACGCUGCCUCGCCUGUCGCUGCCUGGCCUGCUAGUGUGCGUCUCCCCUCUCCUGAGCUCCUCCAGAGUGUGUUACGAGGAGUUUUCUGAAGGGAGACGUGGACGGAUGAAUGGAAGGAGUCGAUCAAAGUCAAGCGGGACAGUGGCGGGGGGCCGAGGCGGGGUCGUCCGCGUCAUCUCCCUGUCAUUUGGCGGGAAAAGACAAAUGGCGGGUGUCCCUUCGCUCGCUGCCGGAUUUAUCUUGGUGUUUUUUAUGGUGAGAGCCAAGGACCUGUUCCUGAUGAGACCGUGACGCCCCAGCAACGCCGAGGGGGGCCGAGGGAGCGUGGUAGGGAGUCGCGGAACAGACACCUCCGUCAGGCCGACUUAACAUACCGCACGGAUUCCUCUUCUCCCGUUUCUUCCCUUCCUUUCCUUUCGUGUGUGUGUGUGUGUGUGUGUGUGUGUGUGUGUGUGUGUGUGUGUGUGUGUGCACGGUAAUAUAAAACACCAUAACAGCAGUGCAAGGCGUGGAGUGACCCAUCCUGUCACCCUGGGUCAAGCCAUGCACAGGCCUGGGUUGCCCGGUGUUUAUGGUGCCACUGAGCUAAACGCUGGCCAGACUUUCCCAAUGUCUCAGGCGAGGGGUUGGGUGUUUACAGUCCAGGUGGCCUUAAACACCUUGGGAUGACUAAUAUUACUGUCACGCAUAAAUUUACAAGCCUAUAUUCUUCUCACUCGGUGCCCUAAUCGUGCUACUGAUUUCCUUUUGUGCUCAAGUAAUCGGGCACUCAAAUUUACAAACCAUAAUAUUCUUC